UUUCUUAUUCCAGCUAAUAAUCAUAAAACACCACAUCGAUAUCCUUGUUCAACAAUUGUUCUUUCUGCUGAUCAUCAAUAUUUAGCAUUAGGAAGUGAUGGAACAAUAUCUGUGUGGACAAUUAAUGGUGAACUAAAAUCAACAAAAUCUAUUUCAUCAAAUGCAGGUAUUUCUCAAACAUUAACAGCAAAAGAACGGUUAGAAAAGGGUAAAGAUGCACAAACUCGUUCUCAACCAAAAUGGAUCACUGAUUGUCAAAUAAUACCUGAAUUUAAUAAAGUUGUUAUUAGUACAGGAGAUCGUGAACUUCAGUUUUGGGAUCAAACAUAUUGUUUAAGUACAAGUCGUGAAGUUAAACCAAAUGAUCUUCCAUGUACACAAAUCUCUUCAUUAGAUAGUGCACCAAUUAAACUUAAUUAUGGUAUUCCAUCACCAGAUGAGUUACUUCUUGUUUAUGGUGAUACAGAAGGUUGUAUUAAUAUUCUUAUAUUUUUUGCUGCUCGAGAAAUCUUUCGUUUAUUAACAAAUGUUGAACGUCGAAAAGGUAUUCCAACCAUUAGUUUUGAUCGUUUUCUUGAUUCAUAUAAAUGUGAUUAUGUUCGAUGGAAAGUUCAUCGAGAAUGGAUUGAAUAUGUUAGUUAUGAUAGUCGAUUAAAUCAAAUUAUUUCAUGUUCAAAUGAUCCAAAUACAGCUGUUGUUAUUGGUUGUAUUCGAACAAGUCCAAGUGCAGAAAUUCAGUUGACAGAAAAUGGUUUUUCUGAAUUAAAAUCUCUUCCAACGAAAUCAGCUGAUCCAAAAACACGAAAACAUCGAACAACAGCAUUGACAGAACAUAGUAGUCCAUCAUCAGGAAAUACUAGAAAUAAACGUGAUUCAACAACAUCUCAUGUGACACAUUCAUCUCAAGAUACUCAUUCAAAAAAAGUAAUUACGAAUGAUAAUCGAAAUGAAACAUUAACAACAAGAACAACAACACCAACACAAACACGUUCAACUGUUGUUCGUGCUCAACAAGUGAAUCGUAUACCACAGACACGUUGUAAUGCUGAUCAAACUGUAUUUAAGAUUCAAAAAGGUGUUCGAACAUUUGAUUUAUGUACAGAAAAGAAUGUUCUUAUAACUGGUGGAAUGGAUCGUGUUUUACGUAUAUGGAAUCCAUAUUUACCAUCUCGACCUAUUGCUCGACUUCGUGGUCAUAGUGCACCUAUAUUUCUUGUUAAAAUAUCUGCUGAAGACAAUCGAAUAUUUUCUAUAUCAACUGAUAAAGCAGUUUUGGUAAGUUAA